AUGAUUUCACCAAGAUCACCUCCAACGUGUGGGAAGUACUUUGGUGCUUCCACGGAGCAAGGUCUUCAGUACCACUUCAGAGCGAUCAAGCAGCAGGCGAACGUGCUUAAGGAGGCCGUUGAGAGCGGACAAGACCCUGCCGACGCGUUUGAAGAGUAUCUCCAGAACGGCGGCCACAGCGUUCGAAAGGGCGUCAGCGUGAAAGGCGGCACCACCAAGGCUGCCAAAGCCGCCACCGGAGCCAGAGCCUCCCCUGCGAAGCCUGCUCCCACCAGAAAGCGUGCUGCCGCCGCACCUGCUCCCAAGACGCCCCACAAGUCCCCCACCAAGAAGCAGAAGGUCAAGGGGGAGCCGGACGUCACCUCGCUCGAUGAUGAGCCCGAGCUCAUCUUCCCCCAUGCUGAUUCCCCCGCCUUGCCCAAGGUUCUCGACUCACCCGAGGUUGUCACCUCAUCCUCCGACGUCGACUCGCCUGAAGUUAACUACGAUGCUCUCGACGAGGAGGCCUCCAAGCCGAAGGCGAACUCGCCCUGGAAGAAGAUGGCUGGUCAGAUUGGUGGGCCGGGCCAGUGGUCGAACCUCAUGACUGGCGAAAGGGCCAAGUUGAAGUCCAAGAACGACCAGGUCGUGGCCCAGCACGCGGCCAACGGCAACGUUAUCGAUCUCGACUCUUCCUCUUCUCCCGAUAAUGCGCUCCCUGGUCUCCACGAUUCUGCCUCCUCUACACCCACUCGCCCCCAGCGCAUCAAGAAACAGGGCGGUGCUCAACCCCCUAGCACCCCGGGCUUCAAAUUCGACAACAUUGACAUCAACGACGGUGGCGAUGAGGAUGACGAGAUGGAGGAUGAUGACGAGGAUGAUGGUGCUAUUUGA